AUGUUGCUGCGACAGAAAUGGUACACACGGGUGGUCCUGCCAUGCUUCGUGGUUCUUUUUGGUGCCUUUGUAUUUACCAUCUGGUUCGGUAUGAACUCUGACCAAGAUAAUGUCCACCCUAUCAUCACCCAACUCAUUCCCGCCGGGCAUUGUACCUGCGAAUACUCGACCACCUUCAACUGUACUUCCUGCUUAGCACCCAUUGACUACCCCAUACGGACCAUGUCAGAGCCCAAGCAGUGGGUCUUUCAAUAUGGUCGAGAUGAUCGCAACGAAGGUCUCAGCGGGAACCAAUGCCGGGCUGCUUUCCCUGGAUUGUUUGAGGAUGUUAAUCGCGCCGUGAAGUACUGGAGGCACCUAGGCGGAUUAACAGAAAAACAAUUGAAUGUGAUCAAUUUGCGAAAUGGUAUGGCAAGGGGAAUGAUAAACGGGGGUGAGCUUUAUGUGGUUGAGACAAGGGCAGCCCAGGAAGACCACCGUCGCAAGAUCCUUGGAAUAUUCAGCUCCAUCUAUCGAGCCCUUCCUGCAGACCGUCGCGGCUUGCCGGAUAUCGAAUUUAUUUUCUCGAUCGAGGAUAGGUUGGAUGAUAUCAAGGGCAGCGGCCAACCUAUUUGGGUGCUUGGGAGGAAAGCAAGCGAGGAGUCCGUUUGGCUGAUGCCAGAUUUUGGCUUUUGGGCAUGGCAUAACCCAAGUGUCGUUAUUGGCACUUACGACGAAGUCGUUAGAAAGAUCGAACAACGAGAAGAUGCGAUCCCUUGGGCGUUGAAACAAAGGAAGCUUGUCUGGAGAGGAAGUUUAAAUUAUGCACCCAAAAUGAGACGGAGACUGCUGGAAGUUGCAAGAGGGAAGACCUGGGGCGAUGUGAAGGAGAUUAUGUGGAGUAGUAAAAAUAACCUGAUCAGCAUGGAGGACCACUGCAAUUAUAUGUUCAUUGCACAUGUCGAAGGCCGAUCCUUCUCCUCAUCCCUCAAAUAUCGACAAACCUGCCGCUCUGUAGUUGUCAGCCACAAAUUGCAGUUUAUCCAGCACCACCACUACCUUCUCCAGGCGGAGGGUCCGCAUCAAAAUUAUGUCGAGGUAGAGCGAGACUUUUCAGACUUGGAGCAGAAGUUGGAGGCCUUGUUGCAGGACAGGGAGCAAACAAAGCGAAUAGCAGACAACAGUGUCAAGGUAUUCCGCAAACGAUAUCUAACCAGGGCUGCGGAUGCAUGUUAUUGGAGAGAAUUGAUAAACGGGUGGGGUACGGUGUUCUCACAUAGCAGUAAUUACAGCCAACCAGAGGUUCAAGGAGGGCUGAGAGCGGCAAGGGGAUAUCGGUACGAAUCUUUUCUAUUAUUACCAAGUGAAGAGAUGAUGGAUCUUUCGCAUCCGAUAUAGAUAGUGUAUAAAUGGAGAUGGGUUGUGCCCUGGUUUGAAUUAUUUGUAAUUGAGCUCUGGCUCAAGGUCGGCCGGCCUCGUCUUAUUGCGGCUUUUAACAUGCUGUAUCAAGCGGCUUGUAACGGCUUGAUUCCGCAACUUCAAAUGAUGGAUGGUGGAAUCACAGUUAAAGGAGU